AUGCGCUCGGUGGAAUGCCCUGACUGCCAAGGCAGGAUGCGCUGGAAGAACUUGGAAGAGCAUCGGAAGUCGGAGUGCGAUGGUCGACCUGUGCAAUGUGAGGUCUGCAAGGGGACAACGACCUAUGGAAAACGCCAAGUGCAUAAAGAUCACGAAUGUCCUGAGAGGGAGGUGCUGUGCCCCAACGCAGCCGACGAUAAGAUCCGAUGCGUUUGGACGGGACCGGCCAAAGAUCUGGAGAAACACAUGGAGCAGUGCAAGAGCAAAGCGGAGUUUCAAGAGAUGACUGCCAGGUUUGCAGCCUCCGCGGCCCCGAAGUCGCCCGCCGCGCCGAAGCCCAAGCAGUUGGCGCCAACACCGGUGGUGCCGCCGCGGCCGAAGGCGAAGCCGGCGCCGGCGAAGGCGGCGCCGCCGCCGGCGAAGACGGAGAAUGCGUGGCCCUUGCAGCAGGAGGAGGAGGCAAAGGCCUUUGCAGCGAGAUGGGGGCUGGAGUGGUGCCUGGUGAAGGUGAAGCUGGAAGGUUUCUUGGAGCGUGGCCUGUCGCCUCCACAGCGCGAGCUGAUCAUGGAGCGUUUCCAGUGUCCACCGGGUCACGUCCCAGGUGGCAAAUUCGUGAAGUACAUGGACUCUUGCGUUGAGAACGGCUGGAAAUAUGUGCAGAGCUACUCCGAGUGGCUGGCCGACAGAGAAGAGAAAUUGAGGGCUAAAGCCUUGGCCGAAGCACGAGCGGCAGAAACCAAAGCGAAGGCUGCAGCCAAAGUGGCUCCAGCCAGACCAGAUGCUGGACCAAAGGAAGCUUCCGUCACCCCGUCCAAGUCUUUCAAGGCUGCCUUGGCAGCACCCACGGCGCCCGGGCCGGCGCCGGCGCUGCCCCGGGAGGCACCCCUGGUGGAGAAGUGGGAAUCCCUGGCAGAAGCUGAGCGAUCUGAAGUGUCGAAGAAGCCCCCCCCACCAGGACCACCAGGGCCAUCAUGGCUAUCAGGGCCAGGGCCAACCCCUGUGCCGAAAGUGACUCGGGCAGAGAUUUUGGGAAAUCAGGGAGAGCUAUAG